AUGGCCAGCGUGGCAGUUCAGCUCCUUGGCUUUUUCUUAGGGCUGUUGGGAUUUUCGGGGACUGUCAUUGCAACUGUGCUCCCCCACUGGCGCAGCACAGCCUAUGUUGGCUCUAACAUCAUCAUAGCCACCGCCUACAUGAAAGGCCUGUGGAUGGAGUGUGCAUGGCACAGCACAGGCAUUUACCAGUGUGAGAUAUACAGAUCUCUUCUGGCACUGCCACGUGAUCUGCAGGCUGCCCGUGCACUCAUGGUGCUCUCUUGUGUCACCUCAGUCAUGGCAUUUAUAGUUUCUGUGAUGGGGAUGAAGUGUACCCGUUUCGCCCGUGGGUCAUUCAUCAAGUCUCCCUUGGUGCUCAGUGGGGGGAUUUGUUUUCUGUGUGCUGGCAUUCUCUGCUUAGUCACCGUGUCAUGGACCACCAACGAUGUCGUCGUGGAUUUCUAUGAUCCCUUCGUUCCCAGCGGGAUGAAGUACGAGAUUGGCCUAGCUGUUUAUCUUGGUUACGCCUCAGCCUGCCUCAGUCUGACCGGAGGACUGGUGUUGUGCUGGAGCAGCAGUGGUGAGAGGUCACAGAGCUCCCACCAAAGGCAGAGGAAUCAACCGUCCUCACCUCCCCCUGCCUUUGACAAUAUGUACCCCUCUGCUCCCCACUACAGGCCCCAUGAGGCCUUGAAGGGCAAUCAUGCUCCCUCACUUUGCUCCUUAUCCAGCAGUGGCUACAGACUCAACAACUAUGUCUAA